UGGCGCUGAUGUCGCACUGUUUGUGUCGUUUGUGUCGUUAUCAGAUACGUGCGUCGGCUGCUGCUACAUUUUUCGUCGUUUGUUUCCUUCUCGGUAGGCUACUGAGCGUCCGCUACCUUGAACUGGAUUGCAGCGUUUCUUAACGCGGGACUUUCCUCGGACCCUUCGUGUCCAGUAGACAGCCGUCGGGCUGCGUGACAGGGUCCACUGUGAAGUUUGUGCUCCGUACAACCUCCAAACAUGGUGUGCUGCAUCGUAUCAUGCGUGCUUAUGCUGGGAGUACCUCUACUGGCCGCCUUCGUCGCCUGGCUGAAGUUUGUGGACGCCGACUUGACGCUCCUAUUUAAGGCCAAGUUUGGCCGCUCAGUAGACACACUCAAGGGCAAGGUGAUAUGGAUCACCGGAGCUUCCAGCGGCAUUGGAGAGUACCUGGCCUACGAGUUGUCCAAAGUGGGCGCACGUCUGGCGCUUUCGGGGACCAACAUUGAGAACCUGAACAAAGUCAAGGAGAACUGCCUAGCGUUGGGGAAGAGCAGAGGGGCCGAGGUGCUGACCGUCCCAUUCAACAUCUGCGACUUUGGCUGCCAUGAAGAGCAGCUGAAGAAAGUGCUCGACUGUUACGGCAAGCUGGACAUUCUGGUGAACAAUGCGGGUCGGAGCCAGCGUGCCGCCUUCGAGGAGAUCCCCCUGGAGGUGGACAGGGAAAUGCUCGACGUGAACCUGCUUGGACCCGUGUGCCUGACGCGCACCGUGGUGAAGCACUUCAAGGAGAAGGGCCAGUACGGGCACGUUGUGGUCACGAGCAGCGUGGCCGGCAAGAUCGGUGCCCCAUUUUCAGCGACGUACACUGGUUCAAAGCACGCACUUCAGGGCUACUUCGAGUGUCUGCGGCUGGAGGGCGUGAUCCUGGGUGGACUGGAUGUCACCCUCACCUGUCCCGGCCCUGUUUUCUCGAGAGUCCGCGAGAGGGCCUUCACCGCCGUUCCCGGCCAGACGUACAACAUGAAAGACUCACCCCAGUCCCGGCUCAUGCAAACCGACCGCUGUGCACAACUCAUUGCGGUGGCAAUUGCAAACAAGAUGGAUGAAGUAUGGAUCUCGGAGAACCCCAUCUUGCUGAGCAUGUACCUGUCACAAUACAUGCCCAGCAUCUUCAGGAACUACAUUAUAAAGAUUUUCUUCACAAAGGAACGGGUGAUGAAGUUGAGAGAAGGCCAGUAGGAACACGGUGCUCUGCCAUUUUUUGUCUUCUGGUAGACUCUAUAACUGGGCAUUUUUAAGCACUAUGCGGACGUAAGUGCAGCGCACAACGUUCACAGCCAAACGUGUACAGUUUGCACUUCACCGAAGGGAAGUUGCAGGUUUUGUUGUGUUUGGAGUAAAUAAAGUAUACUUCAGUUGGGUUUUUUUAACUGGAAA